CUAGUUAGAGAUUAAAAAGGUAAUGAAAUUAUUAUUAUUUAUGUACUUAAGAAAUUAAUUUUCACUUCACUCACCUUUGUAGGAACGAAACGAAGAGUUGGUUUACGCGGAUGCUCGAAAGACGGUCAAAUCACUUGCCAGUCGAAUGCAAAAAAAGGAGUCGAAUGCUACGGGUGCUCGGUUCGCUAGCGAAAUCGGAAUGCUAAAAAAGCGAAGCGGGAUCCUUCUUUUGGUCCCUUAUAUAUCUGUUGAUGUCUUCAUGGUGGUGUGAUCGGUGUUAAGUUGUAUUUGUGUGCGUGUUGGUGCAUGGUGUAGUGAUGUGGAAUGUAUGGUAUGUAGGUGUGGAAUGUGUGGUGUGAAUUGGUGUAGUGUGACAGUGUCUUACGGUGAGGGGGGAUUGAGUGGUCAUUUAGCCAAUUAUUAGUAUAUAUAUAUUUUUUCUUCAGACAAUUGAGCAAUUAUAAAGCAUUAGCGCUAAACCAUCUAUAAGCUCAUAUGUAUUUACUUUAAAAUAUCUUUAUUCACAAAAAAUAUAAUAACGUGUUAUAAUCCGAACUUACCCAAUUCAUUUUAAAAUGUCUUUUCAGUUAUCGAUAGUCAAAAAGCGAUUAAAUGGAUACAUUCAUACAUAUGUACAUAUUCAGUUAUGCGCAUGGGCAUUGAAAAAUAUCGGUAAGUGUUCAUGUAUAAAUAAACACAAAAUCAAUUGGUACUGUUAUCUCAAAUUUGUGUUAUGAGCAAUAUUAAAACACCAACAUUCAUGAUUUAAUUUUGAAAAGUGACCAGUGCAAGCCGAUUUAUCACCAAAGUUUUAAGUAUUAAAUAAAGAAUUUUAUUUAUUCUCCUACACUAUUUUUAAAAUGAGUGUCGUUGGUAAACAACUUAAUACCUUGUCAACAAAUAAUGAUACCAAUGGGAAAGAUGUACGAGAAACAAGCGGUAAAACAUCGAUGCUGGGGCAGUUUAUAUCACCAAGUGAUGUACUUAAUUUAAAUGAAAUAACAGAAAACUACUUAUGUUCUAUCCAUGACAACAUCUACGAUAUUGAUUUUACACGAUUUAAAAUACGUGACCUGGAUUCAGGUGCAAUAUUAUUUGAGAUAGCUAAGCCAAAUAAUCGGUUUUCUCCUAGUUUGGAAGACAAAUUGAUUGAAGCGGCUGGAAGUAUGUCCAUUGAUGAUUCAGUAGAUGCUAAUGCUGGACGAUAUGUACGAUACCAGUUUACUCCAGCUUUUCUCGGAUUAAAAAAUGUUGGUGCAACAGUUGAAUUUACCGUUGGUGGUAAACCUGUUAAUAAAUUUCGGAUGAUUGAACGACACUUCUUUCGGGAUCGGCUAUUAAAAACAUUUGACUUUGAAUUUGGAUAUUGCAUUCCCUACUCAAGAAACUCUUGUGAACAUAUUUACGAGUUUCCUAAUCUACCCUCUGAACUAGUUUCAGAAAUGAUCGCUUGCCCGUUUGAAACUCGUUCAGAUAGCUUCUAUUUUGUCGAAAAUCGUCUCAUUAUGCAUAACAAAGCCGAUUAUGCCUACGAUGGGGGUUUGCUUUUAUAAAUGCAUUGAAAAAAUUGUAAUCAAUUCUCACCAGAAGCCACACAAGCCUUAUUAUUAUUAUUGUCGUAUAAUCAAAAGUUAAUUUAUGUAUAAGAAGUUAAAGCUAAUAAACAUAUUUCAAUUGCGGUUU